CCGCGCAGCCCCCACAUACUCCCUCGCACUUCAUGUCCAGGAUCUUCUCCACCUCGAACACGUCGUCCCCAUCCUCCUCGCUAUCCCCAACGACCUCCGUUCCCUGAGGGGCUGCGUCCUUCUCCUCGCCCGCCGCUCCGACUCCUCCUCCGGCCUCGGGAGAGCCGCCAGUGCUGUCGGGAACUGACACGGCUAGCGCGGCCACGCUCAUGCUUUCCUCGGCCGCCGCCGCCGCCGCCGCCGCCUCCUCCUCGGCGUCCUGCUCGCGCAGGCUCGGCCGGCUGCUCAACUUUCUCUUCUACCUCGCCCUGGUGGCGGCGGCCGCCUUCUCGGGCUGGUGUGUCCAUCACGUCCUGGAGGAGGUCCAGCAGGUCCGGCGUGGCCACCAGGACUUCUCCCGUCAGAGGGACGAGCUGGGCCAGAGCCUGCAGGGCGUCGAGCAGAAGGUACAGUCUCUGCAAGCCACAUUUGGGACUUUCGAGUCCAUCUUGAGAAGUUCUCAGCAUAAACAGGACCUCACAGAGAAAGCUGUGAAGCAGGGGGAGAGCGAGAUGAACCGUAUCAGCGAAGUCCUGCAGAAGCUGCAGAAUGAGAUUCUCAAAGAUCUGUCGGACGGGAUCCAUGUGGUCAAGGAUGCCCGGGAGCGGGAUUUCACAUCCUUGGAGAACACGGUGGAGGAGCGCCUAACGGAGCUCACCAAGUCCAUCAAUGACAACAUCGCCAUCUUCACCGAUGUCCAGAAGAGGAGCCAGAAGGAGAUAAAUGACGUCAAGAUGAAGGUUGCCUCCCUGGAAGAAUCCAAGGGCGAUCGCAGUCAGGACCUGAAAAUCCUGGAGAAGGCCCUGAAGGAGGUCCAGGCCUCUGUGAAGUCCAGGGAGAGGGACAUUGAGGCCCUGCAGAGUUCCCUCCAGACCAUGGAAUCGGAUGUCUACACAGAGGUCCGGGAGCUCGUCAGUCUCAAGCAGGAACAGCAGGCGUUCAAGCAGGCAGCUGACUCAGAGCGCCUGGCCUUGGAGGCCCUCACCGAGAAGCUUCUGCGGUCUGAGGAGUCCUCCUCUCGCCUCCCGGAGGACAUCAGGAGACUGGAAGAAGAGCUGCAGCAGCUGAAGGCCGAGGCCCAUGGGGCAGAGGAGGCCACCGUCUUCAAAGACUCCAAAGCCUUAGAUGAGCUCCAGCGGCAGAUCGAGGGCCUCGGUGCCAGGCUCCAGUAUGUGGAGGAUGGAGUCUACUCCAUGCAGGUGGCCUCUGCUCGCCACACGGAGAGCCUCGAGUCCCUCCUGUCUAAGAGCCAGGAGUACGAGCAGCGCCUGGCUGUGCUGCAGGAGCACCUGGAGAGCCUGGGGUCCUCCUCUGAGCUGGCCAGCACGGUGAGGAGCCUGGGGGAGGUCCAGCUGACGCUGGCCGGCGAAGUGAAGGAGCUGCAGCGAAGUGUGGGUGAACUCCCCGACACAGUGGGGUCGCUGCAGGAACAGGUGCACUCGAUGCUCGGCCAGGACCACGCCCGGGCCACGGGCCUGCCUCCCCAGGACUUCCUGGAUAGACUCUCCUCUCUAGACAACCUGAAAUCCUCAGUGAGCCAAGUGGAGUCAGACUUGAAAAUGCUCAGGACUGCCGUGGACAGCUUGGUUGCCUACUCCGUCAAGAUCGAAACAAAUGAAAACAACCUGGAAUCAGCCAAGGGCUUGCUGGAUGACCUGAGGAAUGAUCUGGAUAGGUUGUCUGUGAAAGUUGAAAAGAUCCAUGAAAACAUCUAAAUGAACUGCUUGUGCGGGGCACACAUUUAUAGUCCAGUUUCUUACGACCAAAAAACAAAACAAAACAAAACAAAAUCAUUGUUCCCUCCCAGGGACCCUCCCCCCAGCCUCUUCCCCCUUCCCCCACGAAAAGCAGGAGACAGCAUCUGAGCAUGACCGCGUGGUGCUCUGUGCCCGGUUAAUUUAUUUGCAGUUAUUACCACACACCCUUGGGUUCUGAAAUCCUGUUUCUGCCUUUGGUUUAGCUUCCUGAAGGCCCAGCCCUGUGCAGAAAGGUGUCUGUUGUCAGGGAGACCACAGUGGCUUUAACUGGGGAUUGACAGGGAGCAGAUUAACCUAAAAAAAAAAAAAAGAAAUAAAGAAAUCCUGUCUGGCGGACGGGUCUGUGGUGAAGCACAGCAACAGCAGGGGGAGGCACGUUAAUUGUCCUUAAGGAAAAUCAAUUUCACUUUUUUUAUACUCUCGGCCCGAGUUUUUAUGUCUCUUGUCUUCCACUUGGAACUGGUAAGAACCACAGAUGUGAGCUCUGAAUGGGAGGAGGCCAGGGCCCCAGAGCCUUCUGCUUGAGGGUCACUUCCAGAGGCGGGGUCCCUUUCUGUCCCUGAGUCUAGUGAUAUCCAAGGCAACUAUGCAAAUUCAGAAGGUUCUGAGUGUGAAAACCGCCCCGGGAGGUGCCCUUCCUUACCUCCCGGUGACCCACCUGUGCCGCCACAGUAGGGGAGGGGUCACCGAGGACGUUUGGAAUCCCAGAGGGGAGGCCUUUGUGUCUGCCAUCCUCGGAGCUGUACUUCCCACAGAGGAUGUGGGCACCUCCCUGGGGCGGUGAGCCGGCUCUUUUUGUUUUGUCACAGUGUUCCUGAGCGAGUCUCCUGUCGCCCGGCCUGUCUGUCAGUGAGGACCAUGUGUGCUGCAUUUCUGUGACUGUUGCUGUCCCGUGCCCUCAGAGCUGUCCUUCUUCAAUGGCUGCCUUGCCCUUCCCACUCACCCCACCCCCAAAAAAAGAAGAAAAGAAAAAUUAAAAAAAAAAAGCUGAAAAGAAAAACAAGGUUUGUUAGUUUACUGUGAAAUGAACUGUAUGGCUUAUUUACAGUAUUUUUAAUUCUUAAUAAACACUUGAGCUUUGUUAUGA